AUGAGCAGAUCCGAGUCCCUAGUUGGGGCGAGGUACAUGAUUCGCACCCAUGAAUGGCCGGAUCCCGAUUCUCAACUUGGAAACAUGUCAGUGCACGGUGAGGCCCAGAGGCACAGGGGAAGGGUGUGUAUGGACCCGUCCUGGGUCGUGGACGGUAUUUCAUGCAGGCAGAUGUACCUGAGGAGCUAUCCUUUCUCUAGGGAGGAGGAGGAGGAGACAUUCCAAGACAAGAUCAGGAAGUGCUUGGGGAGUCUGAGGAAGAGAGUGGCUCAUAGGAAGCUGGAGGUGUUGAGGAGGGCUAGGGACGUCUCCGACAUUGUCCUGUUUUCAAUCUGCAGCCGUUUGCUUUCUUGCACAGCCAAAGUCAAUAUGGCGAGUCAGUAG